AUGGCCGGGGUGACCAUGCACAGGCAACGUGCGGGAUUGAGCGCAGGUCUGCAAGAUUGCAAGACCAACACGCUACCGCUGCACUACACAGAACACAAGAAUCAAAAGGACCAAGAGAACCAACGGGACGAAAAGAACCAGAAGAACCAUGAGACCCAAGAGAACCAAUGGGACGAAGAGACAAGACGAACAAUAAAACCAACGAGACCAAGAGACCAAGAAACUAAGAGACCAAAGACCGACCCAGAGGAAACAAAACCAACGAGACCUAGAGAACCAAGAGGAACAAAAAGAACCAAGAGGACCAAGAGAACCAGUAGAACCAAGAGGACCAAUAAAACCAACGAGACCAAGAGGACCAAGAGAACCAAAAGGACCAAGAGAACAAGAACCAAGAGGACCAAGAGAACCAGUAGAACUAGAGAACAAAGAGAACCAGAAGAACCAAGAGACCAAACCAACGAGACCAAGAGGACCAAGAGAACCAAGAGGACCAAGGGAACCGCAAGGGAGUCUCCAGCGGCCGAGCUUCGAGCGAACCGCGUUCGGAGCGAUCGCGGGUUCCAUCGCCCAUACGAAUAG